AUGAAAGAGGUAGCCUACCAGUUUAUACAUCUGCAAGUUCAGAACGGAGAAAGCUGUAGGUUUUGGAGUGAUAAUUGGAGUCCUUAUGGGAAGCUUCAUGACUACUUAGAUGCGGGAAGAUCUCAACUUGGAAUUCCUAAAAAUGCAACCUUGGCCUCGUUACAGCGUAAUGGAUCAUGGCAACUUCCAGCAGCAAGAACGAAGCGCCAACUACAGGUCUUGUCCUAUAUCACUACCGUUCAGUUUAAUGAGGAACCAGAUUAUUAUGAAUGGGAGAUCUCAGGGGAGAUUAGCAAUAAGUAUAGCACCGGAGAUAUUUACCAUUUCAUGAGAGGCACUGUGGAGGAAGCAGAGUGGACAAAGGCAAUCUGGACGCCGGGAAGCAUAACACGACAAAGCUUUCAUGCUUGGUACCUUCCUUAUGCCUUAUCUGUAACUCGGUUGAUGAAACCAGAGAUCAUCUGUUUUGGGAUUGUGGUUACUUGUACGCUCUCUGGUCCCAAGGGGCAAGCAGAUGUAGGAUCACCCCAAUUAGAAGAUGGGAAGACUCGAUAG